UCCCUGACAAACAUUGCUGUGAUUUCUUUAGAGCGAUUUCACGCCACUUUCUUUCCAUUUAGACAUCGUGUCACCAAAACAUGGGUCUACUUCUUAGCAAUUGCUGCUAUCUGGGUUUUACCUGGCAUUGUACAAGCGAUUCUCCAAUUACCGAUCUACCUGGUCUCAAACGAGCGGAAGUAUUAUUUUUCGUUUCCAAUAUAUUGUUGUUUGUGUCUCUUUAGUAUAUUCGUUUCUUACACGCUUAUUUUCUUAAAGUUUCGUUGUAGAGCCCAUCCUCAGCGCGUUGCUGCAGCUAGUUUAAGACAAAGGAAACUUACUGUGACAUUGUUAGUAACAACUUUGGUAUCUUUAGCGUUGUGGCUGCCAUAUAAUAUUAUUUUUGUGUCGCCUGUUCAACCCCGAGUUUAUAUUCCUUUUUAUCUCCCUUACAACCUAUCCGUUUAA